CACUCUCCGUGAGUGAAUGAGGUCAGAGUUUUGCGUUCAUAUUGCUGUGGUGAAAAACGGAUUUGGAUUUUUGUGCCUUUGGAGAAUGCAGCAUCAUCUUUAAACUUUGAACCAAUUUCAGUAAGGCAACCACAGCAAAAUGAGUGACGAAGAGAACGCUCCUCCGGUGACGACGAACUUCGAGAAGCUUCCCGUAGUCCUUGGGGUUCCUGAGAAACAGCCUCGAGACCUGGGCGUGCACAAGAUAGUGUUCAACGGAAGGGAUCAGCCCAUCGGGGAGUACGCAAGAACUAAAGAGGGGUUGGCCGAGUCCAUUACUAUAGUACAAGAUGAAUAUUGUGGGAGAGAAAAGGAAGGGGAGAGAAAAAACAAAGAAGUAAGGAACAGGCUGAUCUCAGCCAGCAUCAUCUGUUUGAUCUUUAUAGCACUGGAGUUUGCAGGAGGUUACUUCUCCAACAGUUUGGUUAUUGCGGCCGACGCCGCCCAGUUGCUAACCGUCUUCUCUACUAUGAUGGUGUCCUUGUUCGCUAUCCGGGUGUCAGGCCGUCGGCCUAAUUCGGCCUCAGGCUUCACCUGGUACCAGGUGGAGGCCGUGGUAGCUCUAGCCUCCGUGCUGGUCACGUGGGUCCUCACCAGCAUCGUCAUGUACGUCGCCUACCAGCGGCUGGUGAAGGAGAAGUUCGAAAUCGACGUUGAUAUGAUGUUGGCCACCUCGGCGUUCGGUGUUGUAGCUAACUUAGUGAUGGGGAUGGUUCUCCACAACAACUGUCACGUCCGUAGCUGUCACGGAGUCCACGACCCCGCGGAGGCUCCCAUCGUAAACGUCAACGUCCGAGCGGCCUUCCUCCACAUCGUCUGUGACUUCCUCUUCAGUUUGGGGGUGUUUAUCACGGCGCUCUUCAUUGACUGCUGUGUGAGUAACCUAUCAACCUCUUAA